AUGGGUUGUUGCAGCAACUUCUGUGGGCUGCUGGUGCUGGUUAUCGCAGUCGGUGUCGGCUAUCUGCAGACGUUCGAGUAUCCUUGGGGCAUCGUCUUCCGCGUUAUGUUCACCAUCCAGGGCUAUGGCAAGCCGAUGACGCAGCCUGUGCCAAUGGAUCAACCGAUCGCGCCGCGCCCGAGCGAAGAACUCUUCCUGCCGCUGCCGAGCGGCGCGAAGAUGCCAGCGAACGGCAUUGGGAUGUGUUGCCGACCGACUGCGUACGACGAAGAGAGCGUUUACAACACCAUCUUGUGGUACUUGCUGUCAGGCGGACGUCACAUCGACACUGCUGCCGUCUAUGGCAACCACGUCCCCAUCGGCAAAGCGUUGAAGGAGGCUGCCAAGCGAGGAAUUCCGCGAAGUGAGGUUUUCCUUGUCACCAAAGUGUGGCCCGCUAACUAUGGCUACGAUGGUACUAUGGCUGCCGCGGGCCGAAUGUUGAAGCAGCUCGACGUGGACUACAUCGACCUGGUUUUGCUGCAUGCCCCGCGGAUGAUCAGUUGGAGGAUGGUUGCCGCGUGGUGGGGCGGAAUGAACUGGCUCAUCGGCGACGGCGACGAGUUCUCCCACAUGCCUUGCGAGGACCAGGUGACCUGCCGCAAAGCUACGUGGAAAGCGCUUUCCGAGCUGCGGGAGCAAGGCCUGAUUCGCGAUGUGGGCGUGAGCAACUUCCGCGUUCCGCAGAUGAAGGAACUCCAGGGCCUGGGCAUGGCACCCAUCGCGGCCAAUCAGAUCCAGUUCCAUCCAUGGAUUCCCGAUUUUCAGCAGGAGAUCGUGGACUUCUGCAACGCCAAUCGGAUUGUCAUCACCGCGUACUUCUCAUUGGGUGGUCUUCAGUCCAAGGACAAGACGCUUCAGCUCGACGACAUCAAAGCGAUCGGCAAGAAGCAUUCCCGAUCUUCGGGGCAGGUCUUGCUGCGCUGGGCUUUGGCAAAGAAUGUGAGCAUCAUCCCAGGGACUGGCAAUCCCAAACACAUGAAGGAGAACCUGGGCAUCUACGACUUCUCCCUCUCCCCAGACGAGGUUUCUCGCAUUGAUGCCCUGCGCAGCCACCCCAUCGCGGAUGACUUCUUCUUCAUGCAGUUCUGA